CUGGGUAUUUCUUGCGCUCCUUGCUUUUUCCGUAAUUUAAUGGAAUAACAUGCCACUUGCGCAAAUCCAGGGACCUAUUGCAAGCUAAUAUCCAGAACGUAUUGCAUCCUCUGACAAAAAUGCUGAAGUCAUAUCAUGGACACGUAGAAGAGGGUUAGAAAUUGCAAUCCUACUCCUUUGAAAUAACCACAUUCCAUCGAAGGCUGAAAUGUCCGGGCAGAACGACGGACCAAAAGGCUCUGGACACUAUGGAGCUAUCGUCAUGCCCACGUUUGCCUUCGGGCUUGACGUGGGGUGUAAGAACUGUCUGUGGCACCUCGACGGCGAGAAGAUGCUAUGGUCGGUUGGGGCGCAAGUGGCUAUGUAUAGCUCGCCGUCUCACGAGAUGCGUUUCGUGCCGCUGGCCGACCGGGGCGCUCGCGCGGUGGUGCUGGCGGUGGCGGCCAACUACAAGUACUUUGCAGUGGUGGAGAGGCUGCCGGGACUGGACCACGAGCAGGUGUCUGUUUACAGCUUCGGCGGUGAGAAGCGCGUCAAGGUGCUGCCCCACGACCCCGCCCUCACCGGCUCCGAGUCGCCGCGGGUGGAGUGCCUGCAGUUCAGCGCCAACAGCAAGUUCCUGCUGACCCAGUACGGCAGCCCUGACUGGACGCUGGUGGUGUGGCGCUGGUACAGCGGCAAGGUCCUCGCCUCCCUGCGUCUGGACCUGCCCCCCCCGCUGCUGUCCGCGCUGUUCUCCCCCGUGGACGACAUGCUGCUGGCGGUGCUGGGGCCCACGCAGGUGGCGCAGUACCGACUGGACCUGGACCACGACACGCUCAAACUCACAGCCGCGCCGCCGGCCUGCGACGCCCCCUGCCUGAGCGCCAUGUGUUGGCUGGCGGGCAACAUGCUGGCGGUGGUGGGCACGGGGGGCGAGGUGCAGGUGUUCCAGGAGGCAACCAGCAGGCUGGCAACACGGGUGGAGCCGCUGGCGCCGGGGGCAGCAGCGG